CCGGUGCCGAGACACGGAGAGAGUAUCGAGCAGAAGCGUCGUAGAAUGCUCUACCAAUCCCGCAAGCGCGGUAUCCUCGAAACGGAACUCCUUCUCUCCACCUUCGCAAAGAAAAACCUUGACACCCUCUCCGCCGACGAACUUCACGAAUACGACAAACUCCUCGACGAGGCAGACUGGGAUAUCUACUACUGGGCUACGCAGAACCCGAAGAGGCCUGUGCCAGAGAGGCUGCAGAAGUCGAGUGUGUUGAACAAGAUUCAGCAGCAUACUGAGAAUGAGGGACGGGAGAUCUUGAGGGUGCCGGAUUUG